GGCAAAUAACAAGUCUUAAGUCUUCGAGAAACCAUGUUCUUGAAAUGAAUAUCAAGUCGAUCGAUUCUGAGAGAAUCAAGAAGAAAUACAAAUUCUCUUCAUCCUCUCAUGGCAUCUUCUUCUUCUUUAUCAACUCGGCAAAAAAUCUAUGAUGUAUUCCCAAGCUUCUCCAGUCAAGAUGUCUGGAGAACCUUUCUCAGCCACUUUCUUGAAGGGUUGAAAAGCAAAGGAAUUAAAACAUUCACAGAAAAUAGGAUCAUGAGGGGCGACUCUAUCAACUCUGAGCUCGAAAAAGCUAUUAAAGAAUCAAGGAUUGCCGUCGUGAUCCUCUCUAAGAACUACGUCUCUUCGAGUAAGUGUUUAAACGAGCUGAAACUGAUCAUGGAGUGCAGGGACACUCUUGGGCAGACUGUGAUGACAAUCUUCUACGAUGUGGAUCCCUCUGAUGUCAGAAACCAAACCGGAGAUUUUGGAAAAGCCUUUGAGGAAACUUGUCAUGGGAAGACAGAAGAACAAAAAGAAAGAUGGACAAAAGCUUUGAAUCAAGUUGCAGUUAUUGCCGGAGAACACUCUGUUUCAUGGGCCAGUGAAGCUGCAAUGAUAUCAAAAAUUGUCAUGGAUGUUUUAAACGAGUUGCCAUCAAUGGAUUUUGAUCAGUUAGUUGGAACUGAAGAUCAUGUAGCAAAGAUUAAAUCGAUGCUACGCUUGGAAUCGGAUGAGGUUAAAAUAGUGGGGAUUUGGGGUUCUGGAGGUAUUGGCAAAACCAUCAUAGCUAGAGCUUUGUACAAUCAAGUUUCCACCAACUUCGAACUUAAGUUUUACAAAGAGAAUCUUGGGGGAAUGUUUAGGAGGAUUAGUCUUGACCCCAUUAGCUUGAAAAGUCAUUUGGAAAACGAGUUACACUCUGGAAUUUUAGAUUAUAGGGACAUGAAGAUACCUGACUUGCAGGAGGCGCAAUUUAGAAUAAAGCACCAGAGAGUCCUUCUCAUUCUUGAUGAUGUCUGUUCUGAGGAGAUACAAGCUUUGGCAAAUCUGAUUCAGUGUCUUAAAUUCGGAAGUAAGGUUAUCAUGACGAAUGAAAAUUUUUUCACAUUGAUGCAUAAUGGGAUCGACCAGAUAUACAAAGUUGCUUUCCCAUCGAGUGAAGAGGCUCUACAGAUCUUCUCAUACUCUGCGUUUGGGCAAAGCUCUCCACCAAGAGGUUACUUGGAGCAUGCAAAUGAAGUAGCUAAUCUUAUUGCUCCUUUUCCACUUGGUCUCAAGAUCUUAGGCUCGGCUUUACGUGGGAAGAGCAAAGAAGAGUGGACAAUGGCACCGGCUAAACUCAAAACCUAUGUUGACGUCACGGAUAUUGAGAAAGCUAUUAGAUUUGCGUACGAUGGUUUAUCUAAGAAUCACAAAACUUUGUUUCUCUCGUUAGGCGAUUCUUUUUAUUGGGGUAAGAACGGCUUAUACUCGCUUUCCGCCGUAAACUCGUAUAAGUGGAGAGACUGGGACAUAGAGAAAGGCGUACAAACCCUAGCUGAUCUGGCUCUUAUCUCUAUAUCUAGGGGGGACGGGGAUUUAAUCAUGAUGCAUUAUCUCGUUAAGUUAAUGUGUAAAAGGUUAACUAGUUUCAAUUAAGUUGUGGUAAAAGAAUCAAA